AUGGGUGUGUCACCCCUUAAUUCAUACUUGGAUUCUGUUGGUGCACCGAGUUUCGAGAGGGGGUGUAAUUUUGCUACCGGAGGAUCGACCAUACUUCCAGCCAAUGCAAACUCCAUAAGCCCAUUUUCGUUUCGAAUCCAGGUGGCUCAGUUUGUCAGAUUUAAGGCCCGAGUUCUUGAAUUACUAGCAAAAGACAAAAAGUUACGAAAAUUCCUACCUUCAGAAGACUCUUUCAGGCAGGGUCUUUACAUGUUUGACAUUGGCCAGAAUGAUCUCGACGCUGCAUUGUAUUCAAAAUCUGAGGAUCAAGUCACUGCUUUAAUUCCAACUAUCUUGGCAGAAUUAGAGAUAGGAAUAAAGGUCCUCUUGGCAAAAGACUUGGAUACAAUGGGUGUGUCACCCCUUAAUUCAUACUUGGAUUCUGUUGGUGCACCGAGUUUCGAGAGGGGGUGUAAUUUUGCUACCGGAGGAUCGACCAUACUUCCAGCCAAUGCAAACUCCAUAAGCCCAUUUUCGUUUCGAAUCCAGGUGGCUCAGUUUGUCAGAUUUAAGGCCCGAGUUCUUGAAUUACUAGCAAAAGACAAAAAGUUACGAAAAUUCCUACCUUCAGAAGACUCUUUCAGGCAGGGUCUUUACAUGUUUGACAUUGGCCAGAAUGAUCUCGACGCUGCAUUGUAUUCAAAAUCUGAGGAUCAAGUCACUGCUUUAAUUCCAACUAUCUUGGCAGAAUUAGAGAUAGGAAUAAAGACACUUUAUAAUGAAGGCGCGAGGAAUUUUUGGAUUCAUAACACGGGUCCUCUUGGAUGUUUACCUAGAAUAAUUGCCAUAUUUGGGAAAGACCCUUCCACGUUGGAUGAAGUUGGAUGUGUCAAAGUUCACAACCAUGCUGCUAUGCUUUUCAACACACAACUCCAUUCUCUAUCCAUGAAGUUCCAAGAACAACUUCCUGAAUCCAACGUCACUUAUACCGACAUCUUUUCCAUAAAAUUUAACCUCAUUUCGAAUUUCUCUCAACUUGGUUUCAAGCAGCCUUUAUCAGCUUGUUGUGGGUAUGGUGGUCCUCCGUUGAAUUUUGAUACUCGGAUAGCCUGUGGAGAAACCAAGAACCUGAAUGGUACAUUGGUGACUGCAAAACCAUGCAAUAACACUGAUGAAUAUGUAAAUUGGGAUGGGAAUCAUUACACAGAAGCUGCAAAUCUAUUCAUUUCAUCACAAAUCCUUUCAGGAAAGUACUCUGGACCCGCCUCUAUUGAUGAAUAUCCCAUUUUUAGCUGGCUUCAAGUUGAAUGA